GGUUUGGUUUAGCAUUAUGUGAUCCUUGGAUCUCAAGGAAGGAGAAAUGUUAGGGUAACAUAAAUUUCCUUUUUCUUAGGGUACAAAAAAAUGCAGAAGUUUCCUUUUUUCGAUUACAAAAAAAAGGAAAUUAAACAACGAACACUCUUACUUCUAAGUUCUAAUUAUUGAGUUUACUUGAGUCGUAAGUGAUCAUUCAUCUUUUUUUCUGCAAAAAAGAGAGCUUGAGAGAAUGUCAAAAAAGAUUAACGAGCUUCUUCGUUACUGUGAAGAGAACUUUGAGAGAGGAAAUCUCGAACUUGCAUUACGAUGUGCUAUUUCAAUCUCCAUAGCGAAUCCUGACGCUCCUGAACCUUAUGCACACGUCGCUGCUUAUAGAAUCCUUUUGACGGUAGCUAACAAUCGCAUGGUCACAGGAGAGCCCGACUGGUACGCUGUGUUGGGAAUCAACAAACGCGGAUCCUCGAAGUCGGUGGCAAUUUCCAUUGAGAGGCGGUGCGAGGAGAUCAUAGAAGUGUUGGAUGGCGAGGCUGGGCUUUCCAAGGCUGUUUUGAGGGUUUAUGAUCUGGUCAGAAUCGGUGUGGCAGAGUUGAUGGACGAAGAUAGGAGAAGAGCAUACGAUCUCCGUUGUGGAUUUUCUAAUAUCAACUGAAUCUAAAACUUUUUAAAGUUAAUUUUUCAAUAAAAGUUUGUAAACUCUAUGGAUUCAUGUAUAUAUAUGUCUUUACAUGUUGACUUGAUUCGUCGGAAAAAAAACACAAACUGUUCCUAUUAAGGCUAAUAUCUGUAUUAUUUUAGUGG